GCACAGUUAACCAUUUAACUAAAAACAGCUCAGAACUAACAAAUUUUACAUUUACAUUUUUGAGGUUGCACUGAUUUCAGUGAAAAUGUGUGAAACUUUCUGUGAUGAUUUGGAGAGCUUCAAUCCAGAAGCGGAAUUUCUUAAAUUUAUCAAGCGUAAGCCGCAAGUGCAGACGGCCAAGCUCUAUGAGAAUCUGCACAAGCGCGAGGAUAUCAAAUGCCCCUAUAACUUCAAGGGCUAUGGCGUGGAGAAGGACACCAAUACCAUGUACCGCACUUGCAACUCUGAAUAUGGAUACUAUGCUCCGAAUGCCUAUACCAUACCAACGCGUUUCUUUCCCCUCUCCCAGAAAUUCUCCAACGAUGUCGUGCGCUUUGGAAUGUAUCGAAAUUUCUCGCUGAACACACAUAUGGACCGAACAUUCUACUGAGAUCCGCGUUGAGUCCCGAUUCAGAGAGUGCGUUAAUGUUUUUAUAUUUGUAUAAUCACUCAUACUACGAAUGAUGAGCAACAAGUCAGCAAGCACAGUGAAUGAAAUCUGCUUGGACAUCUUUUCAAAUUUUUAUACCACGUCCUCGAUCUUACAACGAUGCAUGAAAUACUUGCCACAAAAUUAUCUCUGACCACAUUUACAAUAUUUAGACGUUAUACACAUCCUUAGUUGCACAGUUGCAGAGCAUAAAAUUUAUUGAAAUAAAAUUGUU